AUGACGCUUCACCGGUUCGGGAACACGUCGAGCAGCACGGUGUGGUACGAGCUGGCGUACAUCGAAGCCAAGAGCCGGAUGCGGAAGAACGACAAGGUAUGGAUGAUCGCGUUUGGAUCUGGGUUCAAGUGCAACAGUGCCGUCUGGGAGUGCAUCCGACCAGCGGACCAGCCGGACAGAGCAUGGGCCGGGUGCAUACAUCGAUACCCGGCUACGAAUUACCACUCCAGUAUAUAA